GGGUUUGACUGGCAGCUACUAUCAGCUGACUAUAGCCAGUGCUUGUGGAUGUGAGUCUGUUGGUAAACGAUAUUCUAACAGUUGAUGCUCUGUAAUGAAUGUCAUUAAUAUAACAUGGAGCUGUGUUUAGCGACUGUGUGAUGAUUACAAUGAUGGCUGCUGCAGAGUGAACUUGUGAAACCAGGAAGGAUACAAAAGAAGUAUCAUCACAUGACCAGCGACAUCUUCUCGAUAAUUUCCAUCCCAUUCGUAUAAAUUUGGGUUAUACGGUUGGCUGUACGAUGCCUUCGAACGAGUGGUAGUAUUCGUAGUCGUACGUACGACUGUUCGUUGAAAAAGUAUCUCUUAACAAUGAAGACUCACAUAUUCCUUGUAACAGUAAUAUUGCUGUGUGACCAAUUGCAUUGGUCAGAGACUCUAGAUCAAUCGGAAUUAUCAGACUCAUUAAGGAAUCUCGUAAACCCUAUUGGUGUAGUAAGCGAACUGUUCCCAACUGAAGAUGUAAGUAACUCCAGUGAUAUAGUGAAGACAUGUAGAGCUUUCCUGGACAUAUUUGCCACAGAAUCCUCUCUUUUCACUAAAUGUCUGGUUAAAAAUGCAAGACCAUUUCGAUUUUGUGAAACUUGUGUCACCCCCUUCGAGCAGGCAUCAACAGUCUACAAAGAUUUGACAACGGAUGGAAACUGUGUGAAGGAGUUGCUGAUGGCCGAUCGAGUGCAGGUGCUCACUCUGGUGUAUCAGAACAUGAAUGACAUCUGGGCUAAAGCCUAUUGUCAACAAUGUUUUGCCAGCAUAACUGAAGAGAGUCAGAAUGCCACAGUCAACUCAACUCUUUCAGUAAGCACUGUGGAGUUCUUUCAUCUGUUCACCAACAUGACACACUGUAUGAACAACACAAUGCAGGAUAUCGAUCCUGAGGGGAUGAACCAUGGCAAUUCGUCCGUCUGUUUCAAAUGUCGAACACAAUACAAGUCUCUCAAUGACAAAUUCACAGCAAUGAUGCAGGAUACUUCAUCAGAAAUCUGUAUGGAUGUUGUGGAUACGAUGAACUACACAAGACUGGUGUGGAGUACAGUUUACAACUGUUCUCAUCGUAAUGGAGAUCUUGCACCAGUGUUGGUCAUAACUGGGGUUAUAUGUGCUUUGCCUGUGAUAUUCUACGUUGCCAACAGACUAACUGGACAAGUUAAUGAGAGGACAAUUGUUGUGCCAAAAAGAAUGAAGCGUCCCAAAUCCUAUGGGUCAAUGAGUACCAGUCAGCAGACUGUUCUGAACUCCCAAAGAAGAUAAUGAGAUAAUGAGUGAUAUUGUGUACAAAUAAACAUCCAAAACAUACCAUAAUACAUUGCCAAGGUAAUAUGCCUCUGUCUGUUUGUAGGCUGUUCCCAAGCAGGAGGGGUACAGUAAUAUGACAUAUUUGUUAUGAAAUCGCGCAAAGUUUGUGCAAUAAGAUGGUUGCCGGUACAUUAAUUUAUGAUGUACAAGAUUUUGUUGUUGGGUUAUUCAUGAGCUUCUGCAAAUAAAAUUGUUUUCUAUUUGAAA